AUGCAGAAGAGUGUAGAAUCUACUGUACAAGUUACGAUUGAUAUUGUUGCCAAGGUUUCGCGCGAGUCUCGAUCUGCAUCGAACACAGUGGAGAUAAGUCUAACGCGCGAGAUCGAGGAGCUUUUCGUACGCAACCUUGAUGGAAACGUCGUCCAUGUGGGAUCAAACAUAGCUCCUCCGUUCCCAAUCCCUAAUCUACGCUUGAACAGCAUCGCCACCUUUGAUCCCCGCAACAUCUAUCCUCGCCUCUAUUCAACUCUCCAAGACCCUAACUUGUGCGAUACUCUAUCCGCCAAGAUCGCUUCCGAAGCCGAGCAAGUUGCUGCAGGGCCGUUGAACAUCUCCCUUGACGUUACAUUAACCCCACACAGAGUCGUCUCGUCGAUUGAUCAACUUGACGAGAUGGAGGAGGAGGAGACAUGCGCUAUUUGUAAGGAGGACCUGUUUUCGACGGGAGAUCACUUUUCACAUCUGCCAAAUUGUUCGCAUAGGUUUCAUGUAGACUGUAUCAUGCCGUGGCUUGAAACCAGUUUGACUUGCCCUCUCUGCCGCACUGUUGUUGAACUUGAAGAUUAA